GCUCACCCCGGCGACUCCCCUGAGGAGCAUGCUCGUGAAAUCGCUCAGCGUCGCGACUACUUGAGCACUCACAAGCGCUCUCUUGCCCACUGCGCAGACACCCUGAAGGCUCGCGGCAAUGACCUCGCUAUGGCUCACCGCCGUAGCCUCGAGGUCAAGAAGAUGCGUGCUAAGCGUGCCAUCGAUGAGAAGAAGAACUACCUUCGCGCUCGUGACCUUGACACCGUCAUCGGUACCUCCCACGCCUCCAAUCUGACUGGCAUCACCGCCGACACCGACCCCUCUAUUCUCUUCACCGGCAACAACUCCUGCAUCCUCACUCCUGAGGUCACCCAGGGUCCCUACUGGGUUCAGGGCGAGCUGAUCCGUGAGGACAUCACUGAAGAGCAGGAGGGUGUGCCUCUGCACCUCGACAUCCAGGUCAUCGAUGUCAACACCUGCGAGCCCGUCCCCUCGGUCUACAUCGAGCUGUGGCACUGCAACUCCACUGGUGUCUACUCUGGUGUCGUCGCCAGCGGCAACGGUGACAGCUCUGACGCCUCCAACAUCGACGCCACCUUCCUCCGUGGUAUCAACCAGGCCGACGACAGCGGUGUUGUGCAGUUCGACACCACCUUCCCCGGACACUACACUGGCCGUGCCACCCACAUCCACGUCAUGACCCACACUCUCAACGCGACUGUCAACGCAAACAACACUCUGGCCGGCAACUCUAUGUCCCACGUUGGACAAAUGUUCUUCGACCAGGACCUCAUCAGUCUCGUCGAGGCCGUUGAGCCCUACGCCGGCAACACCCAGAGUAUCACCGAGAACGCCGAUGAUUCCAUUCUCGGUGAGGAGGCCGAGGAUGUCGACCCUAUGAUCGAGUACGUCUUGCUCGGCGACGAUGUUUCUGAGGGUGUCUUCGGAUGGUUGGCAUUCGGCAUGGACACCGGUGCUUCUCACGACAUCUCUCCUGCUGUCAACCUCUAUGCUGAGGGCGGUGUUGCCAACUCCAACUCCAACAUGGGUGGCGGUGGUCCUGGUGGCAACAGCACUGGCGGCGCUCCUACCGGUGCUAUGCCCUCCGGCGCCGCCCCCUCC